UCAUUAAUCUGUUGAUUAUAAAUGAGAGAGACAUCAGAGCAUCCAGACAAACUGACUUCAGGAUUUUCAUCAGCUCACAUCUGCAGAAAACUGACCAUGAAGCUGCUAUCAGUCCUCCUCGUCCUCACUCCAGUGUUGACUGGCUGCAUGUCUCAAGUCCUCCCGUUGGACUGCAGUGACAUCUAUCACCAUGACAACAGCCAAUCCAGCGGCGUGUACACCAUCUAUCCCAUCGGAUCCACGUCUGCUCUCCAGGUGUACUGUGACAUGGAGUCAGAGGGAGGGCGGUGGACAGUGUUCCAGAGGAGGAUGGACGGCACGCUGAACUUCUACAGACCCUGGGAUCAGUACAAGAUGGGCUUUGGUAGAGCUGCUGGAGAGUACUGGCUCGGUCUUGAGAAUCUCUUCCACCUGUGUCUGAGGAAAAAGUAUGAGCUCCUGGUCGACAUGGAGGACUUCGAGGGAAACAAAGCAUUCGCUCGUUACUCCUCGUUCUCUGUCGGCCCUGAGUCCUACGGAUACACCCUGCAUGUUUCUGGAUUCACUGAUGGAGGGGCGGGAGACUCCUUGACAUAUCACAACGGAAUGAAGUUCUCCACCUUCGACAAAGACCAGGACACCUGGCCUGACAACUGUGCUAGAAAAUUCCUGGGGGCGUUCUGGUACGCUGGUUGUCACCAUGCAAACGUCAACGGGGUUUAUGUUUGGGGGGCUGAUGAAACUCACACUGGUAUUGGAGUGAAUUGGCUUUUUAAGGGUGCUUACUACUCCCUGAAGAGCAUCAGCAUGAAGAUCCGUCCUGUGCUGUAGUUCUCCAGGACCAACAUACAGCAGAAGAUCAGCUGAUGAUUUUUCUCUCAACAUAAAUAUUUUUAGUCUUCA